AUGGGGAGGAGACUUUCACAAGCGCCCGUUUUGCGGUACGCGUGUACAGAUGAUUCGGGGAGGUCAUAUUACAUCACGACUCCUAUAUUCUAUGUGAACGCUGCCCCUCAUAUAGGACAUGUGUACUCUGCUGUCACUGCUGACUGCCUACACAGAUACAAGAUCCUACAGGGAUUCAGCUCCAGGUUUGCUACAGGCACUGAUGAGCAUGGGCUGAAAAUUCAACAGGCAGCUGGCACAGCUGGUAAAGAGCCCCUGACUUUCUGUACCGAGGUGUCAGACAGAUUCCGUCAUGUCUUCAAGAGUUGCGCCGUUUCAUACACCGACUUUAUUCGAACCACAGAGGACAGCCACUGGCGAGCGGUGGAACAUUUCUGGUCCACCCUGCUCAACAAGGGCUGGAUCUAUAAAGGCACAUAUGAAGGCUGGUACUCCACACCUGACGAAAGCUUUCUCACUCCCGGUCAGGUGACUGACAGCACAGACUCAAUGGGCAGAGCGAUUAAAAUCUCCACAGAAAGUGGCCAUAAGGUGGAGUGGAUGAAAGAGGAAAACUAUCUUUUUCGCCUGUCAGGUUUUCAAGACAGGUUAAGGGAGUGGUUACAAUCAAACCCGAAAGCUAUUCAACCAGAAAAGUUUUACAACAUCGUGCUUCAGUGGUUGGAGAACGAUCUACCUGAUUUAUCUGUGUCGAGACAGAGAAGUCGUCUGCAGUGGGGCAUUCCAGUUCCAGGAGAUCCUGAACAGACCGUCUACGUGUGGCUGGACGCACUGGUGAACUAUCUUACUGUUGCGGGUUAUCCGGAAACUCACUCGCACUGGUGGAGCGUGGUCCAUCACGUCGUCGGAAAAGACAUCCUAAAAUUUCAUGCCAUAUACUGGCCUGCGUUUCUCUUAGCUGCUGAACUGCCCCUGCCUCGGGCUAUUUACGUGCACUCCCACUGGACCGUGCAGGGCAAGAAAAUGUCCAAGAGCUUGGGAAACGUAGUAGAUCCUGUUGAGACAUCGCAAAAGUUCACGGUGGACGGCUUCAGAUACUUUCUUCUAAGACAAGGGGUUCCAGAUACAGACUGUGAUUACGAUGAUGACAAGGUGGUCAAGCUGUGCAAUAGCGAACUAGCUGACUCUUUGGGUGGUCUUCUCAAUCGCUGCACAGCACCCUCUCUAAAUCCUGAGCAGGUGUAUUCUCACUUCUGCAGCACCUCCUUUCCAAAGGAGGCCAGAGGAAGAGCCGUGCCAGAGGAUUACAGGAUGAUAGAGGCCGUGUCAGGGCUUCCAGCUUUGGUCAAGGAACACUUUGAAAACCUGCAGGUGUACAAAGCAUUGGAAGCGAUCAGUGCUUGUGUGCGUCUUACCAACGGGUUCAUUCAGAGACACGCUCCGUGGAAGCUUAACUGCAGUGACGCAGAGGACAAACGCUGGCACGACACCAUACUGCAUGUGGCCAUGGAAUGUCUUAGGAUCUACGGGAUUCUUCUGCAGCCGGUCACACCAGGGCUAGCCGAUAAAAUUUUAUGCCGGAUAGGAGUACAACCUGGUGAAAGAAGCUGGGAUCACGCGCUAGAUUUUCUGUCUAAGUACGAUCGACGAGACUGUCCUUACGAAGGAAGGAAGCUCGGUCCUGACACAGGAGUGCUUUUCAAUCGAAUUGAAAGAAGCAAACCGAAAGGCAACACUCCAAAACCAGGAAAACGAUAACACACACAUCGAGAGUUCUUAAGAUGCUAAUAUCAUUUGUACUUUGCUGUUUAUACUAUGACUAUUCAACCCAGACAUUGGAGUUAGUUGUUUUAGUGGGACAACAGCUACCAUAUUUGCCAAAAGACUCCUAGGUAGGCGUCAUAAUUCUAUAAUUUUUUCCAUUUUUCAACUAACCCUUGCAGCUGAAUAAAAGCCUCAAAGACAAAAUGUGUCAAAAUAGAGAUCAGUGCAUGACCUCGUACGUGCUACUGAUGCCUGUGUAUAUCCGCCUCA